CCCGACACAGCUGCAGAGCUGCACCCGCAGAGGGCAGCGCAGAAAUGGCGGUCGGGCUGCGCAAUAUCGUGCUGCCGCUGGCAGCCCUUGUGCUGUUGGCCAGCGCUGCUCAGGCGCAAGAGGAUGUGCAGGUCCUGCACUGGUGGCCAGAGAACCCCACCAUGUCAUUCUUCCCGGGCAAGGCGGCCAGCUGUGUGCUGGGUGUGCGCAACACGGGCGUGGCGCCCCUGAACGUUACCUACGCGCUGGCCAACCUGGCCUCUCCGUACAAUGCCUCCAUGAACCUGUUCAACUUCACCGGCUCGUUUCUGGGCGACGUGCCGCUGGCGCCGGGCGAGGAGACGAGCGCCGAGUACGCCAUCUUCUUCCCUCGCCAGCUGCCGGCACGUGAAUUUAUCCUCAAGGUCAACCUCAUCUACUCCUUGGGCAGCCAAUACCAGCAGAAGAUGUUCUUCAAUGAGACCAUCAACGUGAUUGAGGAGCCCACACUGUUUGACACCCAGCUCAUCGGCCUCUACCUCAUCGGCCUGGCGGCGCUGGCCGGCAUUGUGUAUUCGGGUACGGAGUUUGCCAAGAGCAAGGGCUGGAUCAAGAAGUCGAAGCCUGUUGUUCGGCCAGCUGCCACAUCCUCCAACAAGGAAGAGUGGCUGCGUGGCACCGCGGCGGAUCCCAAGUUGCGCAAGAAGCAGACGUGAAGGUGGCUAGUUACAAAGCUGCAUCGCAGUUGGCGGCCUGGUAUCGCUGCAGCCAGCAAUUCCCUGUGCCCCGCCUGCCACAGACGCCUUCUCCUCCUUCCCUUUCCUUCCUGCCCCCCUCCCUUUCCUUCCUGCCCCGCCUUCACGACGCAGAGGUUCUGGUCUCGUUUUCCCCUGCUGUGGCUGUGUAAUUCCGUGCACGCCA